AUGCACGGAGGUAGAGAAAAACGAUCUUCAUCGAUACUAUCUCAAUCUAUAUCGACUGAUGAAACAAAUACAAAUACAUCUACUACAAUCGAAUCAGCUUCUCUUCCAGUUGGUUGUUUAGUUAGUGGGAAAUAUCGAGGAAGUUUUUGUUCAGCUCAAGUUAAAGCAGUUGAUAAACAAGUCAAAUUAAAAGUUCAAUUACUUAAUACUAAUGAUAUAAUAACUAUCUCGGAAGAACAAGUUAUUCAACCUGCUAUAUUACGUAUUGGUAAUAUAAUAACUAUACGUUUACCAAUAUCAAAUCGUCCACAUGAAACAACUUCUUAUCUUUCACGAAGUGGUUUAGCAGCCAUAAUGAAUGCUAAUAAUAAUUACGAAGAAAAACAAGUAAUAAUUAAAAAAAUAUAUGAUAAUAGUAUAUAUACAGUUGUAUUUGAUGAUGGUGAUGAAGUAUCUUUGAGACGUUCAUUACUUUGUCUACGAGGUAUUCGUUUAUAUCAAACACAAAUUGGUCAACAAAAAUUUGUUGAAGAUAUUCCAAUAUCAACGUUAUCAACGAAUAGUAAUGAUACAACAUCAAUUGUUGCUAUUCGACGUAGUGGAAAUAAUAAUAGUCAACAUGCAUUUCCAGCAUUAAUACUUAAACGUAAAUCAUUACCUGAUUAUAUGUGGGUAAAAAGUUUUCUUGAUGGAAGAGAAUAUAUUGUUCAUAAACGUGAUGAUGUACAUUCGUAUAAAAAUAAUUCUGAUAUACAAUCAUUGUGUAAUUUAACAUCGGAACAAGCAACGAAAGCAUGUGAAAAAUUUAUUAAAAAAAAUCAAAUACCUGUUAUAUGGCAAAAGAAAAAAAAGAAAUCAAUAUAUAAUGAACGAAAUAAUGAGAGUGAUACAAGUGGUAAUGAUUCGAAUGCAAGUGAUACAGAUUUUGAUGAUAAUAACGAAGAAGAAACAACAGAAGAAAAAGAUUCAUUUGUAGCACAAUUAUAUACAUUUAUGGAUGAUAGCGGCACGCCAAUAAAUAAUAUUGCAAAAAUUCAUAAUUAUGAUCUUGAUCUUCAUCGUUUAUUUAAAAUAGUUCGUUUAUAUGGUGGUUAUAAUAAGGUUACAAAAAAUGAUCAAUGGGGUAAAGUAUAUAUGAAAAUGGGUUUACCUGAUGAACCAUCUCCAAAAAAUAAUCGACUAAUUGAAAAUGCUUAUAAAAAAUAUUUGUCUGGAUUUGAAGAUUUAUCAAAAAAAUUAGGUACAAUGAAUGUACCAAGCGCAUAUUUUGGUAGUCGUAAUAGUUUAAGUAGUGAUUCAAGACGAAGUUUAGUACGUCUACGACAACAAUCAGAUGAUAAAAAUAAAUCAAAACAAGUAUUACCAUUUAAUAAACGACAAUCUUCUAAAACACAAUCAGUUGAAUCCAAACCAACGUUAUCAUCUACAAAAAACGGUCGAAAAGCUAUAAUAAUUAAUAAAACUCGAUCAUCAAACAUUAAUUCAUUGAGUACAUCUGAAUCUGAAGUAUCGGAUAAUGAAACAACUAUUUCAUCAUCAUCGUCAUCAUCAAAUACUAAUCGUUUAAAAAAACAGCAAAUAAUUAAUUCAAAAAAGAAAUCUUCUGUUAAUCCUGAUGAAAAGAAAAAAAUAUUUAAAAAUAAAACUUUACAACAAAAACAUGAAUCAUCAAUUAAAAGAUUAAAAUCAACAGGCCAUACAGAAAAUGAUAUGAAACCAAUUAUAAAAAUUCCGAAAAUAUCUUAUGAAAUUUUAAAAGAAUCUACACUUGCAACACGUCAAUUUCAUACGAAAGCAACAUCUAAAGUUCAACAUAACCCAAUAAUUAAUCAAUCAGAUAAAGAUACUUCUGAUGAAGAACAAUCAAAAGCACAUAUACCGUCGUGUGAAUCAACCGAACAGCCUGUAUUACAUCGUUUAACAUCACUAGCAGUAACACCUGUAUCACCAUCACCACCACCUUCUAUCACUGACGAAUCACCAACAUUAUCUUCCAUUUCUACGAAUAUUCGACACUCGAACAAUAGUGAUGAUAAUACAUCUGUUCUUGAAACAUCUUCUACAUCUCAAACACUAAUUCCUUUAUUAUCAACUACAUCUCAACAAACGAAUACGAUUGAAAAUCUUCCAUUAAAUUCAAAUAAACGAUCCUAUUCUUGUGGAAAUAUUAAAAAAAACGAACAGUUGUCAUCAUCGAAGCGUUCAAGACAUUCCAUACCAUCUUUAGACAGUUAUGAAACGAACAGUAAACAAGUGAUUACACCUAAUACAUCUAUAAAUAAUGGUAAUGCUCAAUUAACAUAUGAAGACAUAUCUAUAAAUGAUACAUUAGUUAUAAAACGUGAUUUUAAUCGAAAGAAACAGUAUUAUGUAAGAUGUAUUGAAAAAAAUGAUAGUAAAAAAGAAUUACGUGUUCAGUAUAAAGAACUCGAUUCAAUAGAUGAUGAAUGGAUAGAAUUUGAACGAAUUAUUAAACGUCAAAAUGAAUUAGAUUCAAAUACAGAAGAAAUAUUAAAUGAAGAAAACAAUCAGAAAAUAGAAGAAAAUAAUAUUAUUUCGACUGAACAGGAUAACGGAAUAUGGAAAAGUUUGGAGAUGGUUUCUCCGAUUAAAAGUGAUGGUGUUUCAUAUACACCAACUAUUCAAAUGAAUGAUUUGAACAAUCAAGUCUUUCACGAAGAAAUAAUCGAACUUCAACGAACAUCUUCCGCAACAAGUAGUAAUGAAAAUAUAAUAUCAAUAAAUAUUGGAAAUGAUUCCGAAUCUAUUGAUGACAACGAAUCAAAUCGUAUUCCACGAAUAAUUAUUCAAAAACAUCCAUCAAUUAUAAAAAUCGAUUUAACCGAAAGUACUCAUAAUAAUGAUAUUCCAUCUACAUCUAAUAACUUUUUACCUCCAUUAUAUAUCAAUGAAGAAAUCAUUGAUAAUUCUCCGAAUAAUCAACAAUCCAUUUUUAGUCCAUCAGAACUUUCACUACGAUCUAAUUCUCCUAUUGAUAAUCGUCGUGCUUCUGUACGUCAAUUAAAACGACGUACAUUUCGAGAAUCAAAAGAUUCAUCUUUAUUGAUAAAGAAAAGAAUGAGAUUAGAUACAGAUAUUAAUAGUAAUUCUACGAUUGAUAAUAUUUCAAAUAAUAAUGAUCAAAGUUCAACUCCGAAUGAACAACAAUCACCUGAAAUAAAACGAUAUCGAACAGUAGGAAAACGAGGUGGCAAAAGAACAGUUAUUCAACCAGAUAAUGAAAAUGAAGAUAUUCGUUCGAAUUCAUUAAUAAAUAUAACAUUAAAUCAACAAUUAGAAGAUAUGUUUAAAAAUCGAACUAGCCGUUAUAAUUUUCUUGAUCUUGAUACUGAUAAAACAGGUGAUGAUCGUUUAGUUCAUUUGAAAGAUCGUAUGCGGCAAUGUCAGAAAGUAUUUCUUAAUUUAAAACAUGCUUUAACAAAAAUCGAAAAACAACGAAGAGUAUUUCUACGACGACAAAAAUCAUUAAUUAUACAAUCAACGACCAAUGACCUAUUCUUACCAUCUACAUGUACAUGA